AUGAGUAACCCUCGCGAUCCUACCCGGAUGCGACAGGGUCUUAACCCAUUGUUGACGCAGUCUUUGGGUCCCUAUCACAGCCAGAUCAACACACCUCUGUCUGGCGUGUCGUCGACGACGCACCUCAACUCGGCUCACACGCCUGCGAGCUCGAUUCAACCUUAUAACCCGCAAGAAUGGAUCGCCUCGCCUGCUGCCACUAGUGAACAGACCCGCCAGUAUCCCGAACAAAGAUCACCGCUACCUCCGCCUCCUUACAGCCCACCGCGGAGUCAACGACCCCAGAGCGGCGUCUUCGAGUCCUCACCAGCAGCCAACACUUCGGCAGCUCGCAACCCCCCUUCGAAUCUUCACAGGCCUUCUCCCGAGCCUUCCACCAACACAUCGUUUCCUCCACCUCCGGGAACACGGACAAGCUCCCGUGAAAGACGAUUUGGUUUCCACUCACUGAGGAGGAACAGGGAGCACCACGAUUCAAGUCCGCCCGAGCCAAUGGGAGCCCGGUAUGCCGCUUCCGCCUCCGCCCGCGGGCCCGCCGCCGGCUUCUUCCCGGUCACAAAGCCUUCAAAGCCUGAACAGGACGAGUACGCCCAUGGCAUCACCGCCAACGAGGCGGCCACCGCCCAGCGGCGUAACGGCUCUGGGACCAGUCCCUCCAACCCCAGCUAA